AUGGAGAGUACUCAUUUAAGUGGUAAAGAAAUUGUUCCUGCUAAUCAAGAUAAAUCUGGUUUGCAAGUCUCAGGUGAAACUAGUUUGUUAAGUCAGAAUUCAGAUGAGUUUUUAGCCGAGAAAAAAGAUGAUACAUUCAGUGAUGACGAUGCUUUAGUCAGCGAUGAAGAUGCUUCUAUCAGUGAUUUCAGUGAAGAAGAGGACAUAAGCAAUAAUGAGAAUUAUCUUCAGAUUGAAGAUGUUGAUGCUUUAGAGGCAAACAAUGAAAAUCAGAAAAAACAUGAGUUCUGUAUUGGAAUGGAUUUCAGUUCUGAUGAGUCUGCGUAUAAAGCUUAUAGAAAGUAUGGAGGCAAUCAUGGUUUCGACGUAAGGAGACAGCGGACUGCAAAGAAAAACAACAAGCUAGUAAGGAUGGUUUAUGUAUGCUCAAAAGAGGGGCUUAGACAAGAACCUAAAGUCAAGAAAUCAUAUGCACGACCAACCACAAGGUGUGGUUGUAAAGCUCGCAUGUCUUGCUACCUUCAGAGUAACGGAAGAUAUAAGAUUGUGACUUUUGAGCAGAAUCAUAACCAUGAUUUAGUGAGGACACCUAUGAAGCAUUUGCUGAAGAGUAACCGAGCAAUUUCUAUCUCUCAAAAACAACAUGCUGAUGAUGCUGAUAUGUCAGGAAUUUCAGCAAACGCAACCGUUGAAAUGAUGAGCAGAGAAGUUGGAGGGCGAGCAAAUCUGGGUUUUAUGGAUAAAGACCUGAAAAACUACAUAUACCGUAAGCGAAUGGCAGCAAUGGAAAAGGGAGAUGCUGGAGCUGUUUUGGAGUACUUUCAGAAAAAGAAAGAGGAUAAUUCAUCUUUCUUUUACUCAAUGCAACUUGAUGAGGACGAUAUGAUCACUAAUAUCUUCUGGGCAGAUGAUCGUUCAAUUAGUGAUUACAAUCUUUUUGGAGAUGUCGUUUGCUUUGACACAACUUACAAGACCAACGAAUUUGAUAAACCGUUUGCUCCAUUUGUUGGCGUUAAUCAUCACAAGCAGACUAUUUUGUUUGGUGCUGCUCUCUUAUAUGAUGAAACCACAGAGUCUUUUGAGUGGCUUUUUCAGACUUUUCUUGGAGCAAUGUCUGGAAAACAACCGCAAACAAUUCUUACAGACCAAUGUGCAGCAAUGGCAAAUGCAAUAGGGAAAGUGUUCUCUGAAACAAAACAUAGGUUAUGUGUUUGGCAUAUUUACCAAAAUGCUGCAAAGAGGUUGAGUCAUGUAUUUCACGGACCAGAUCAGUUUGCCUCAGACUUUGGAAAAUGUGUAUAUGACCAUGAGAAUGAAGUAGAGUGGUUAUCAGCAUGGAGUGAAAUGCUUGAAAAGUAUGGAUUGACAGAGAAUAAAUGGUUGAAGAAUUUGUUUGAGUUAAGAGAAAAAUGGGCAAGGCGCGGUCAUAACUUGUUGCGCUUCUUUGAACACUAUGAGAGAGUGUUAGACGAUCGGCGAUUUAAAGAAUUAACUGCUGACUUUGGCAUGAUGCAUACUUCGCCGGUCUUAUCGGCUCCUGUAGAAAUGUUACAACAUGCAGUGGAUGUGUAUACACCAGAAGUCUUUACCUUGUUUCAGAAGGAAUACACAGCUAUUGGUGAUUAUGUUGCCAAAAGGGUCAAUAAGUCUGAGAUG